UCAACAGGGAUCCAGUGUCGCCAUUUUCAAUUUCACCCAAAACCCUUUCGGGAUAACUCUCCCGUAAACCCUAACACAACCACGUCUCUUGCUUCUUCUCCAUUCCGAUUACAGUCUUGCAACGAUUAUGGCAUUGUAUUCACUUCGUCUCCGCCGCACCUUGUCCGCCAUUUCCGUUCUCCACCGCCAUGUUUCUGCUACGUCGGCAGUAUCUGCUCAAACUUUCUACUCAAUUUCUUGUCCUUCAGCUCCUUCACUAUCUAAGUCUCCAGCUAUGAUUUCUCUUUAUUGUCCACUGAGAUCGUCGUCCAUGGCUUUCUCUUCUCGAUCAUCGUUUGGGAGCAAUAACGAAGAUGACAAGAUAGGGCCCGAUACAAUACUAUUCGAGGGCUGCGACUACAACCACUGGCUCAUCACCAUGGAAUUCCCCAAGGAUCCCAAACCCACUCCGGAGGAAAUGGUUCGGACCUACGAAGAAACCUGUGCCAAAGGCUUAAAUAUAAGUGUGGAAGAGGCAAAAAAGAAAAUGUAUGCUUGUAGUACAACUACGUAUCAGGGGUUUCAGGCUGUGAUGACAGAAGAAGAAUCAGAAAAAUUUCGCGGUCUGCCUGGUGUCGUCUUUAUAUUACCUGAUUCUUACAUUGACCCUGUAAACAAGGAGUAUGGAGGAGACAAAUAUAUUAAUGGAACAAUUAUACCAAGACCACCACCUGUUCAAUAUGGGAGGCAGGGGGGAAGGUAUCGUGAUCGGAACAGAAAUGCUGACCAACCAAGAUACGAUAGGGGAAACAGAUCAGCACCAAAUUGGCAGGGUAAUCCAUCCUACAGUCAACAGGGUUCUAUGCAAGGAGAUGGACGCAAUUUUGGCCCUUCACAGAACUAUUCGCCUCAAGGUCCACCCCAACAUUAUGGUCCACCAGGGCCUGGAGAAAGGAGAGAUCCUUCACAUGCGAACAGUUAUGCCCCUGAAGGAAGAGACCCCUAUCAGGGAGGAAGAGUUCCUACGCCUUCUUAUCAGGGAAACUACAACAACCAAAGGGGGCAGGGCAGUUAUAACCAUGAUGUGCAAGGAAAUUAUCAUCAUCCCCAAGGAGGUCAGAGAGAUUAUGUACCUCCACCAGGACAGGGUAAUUCUGGUAGUGGUUUUAAUUCUGCACAGGGUGGAGCUUAUGGGCAAGGUGGAUAUCAUGGCCACGGAACGGGAGCGUCUUAUGGUCAAGGACAGAGUCAUGGAUCGUACCCAGGCUCUACUGAAGGUCAAAGAUUUUCACAAGGGGAUGAAAGAAACAUGCAAGGAGAACAACGAAACCACACAUCUGUUGGACAAACAUGGAACGGACAAGGGAGAUACUGAGGCGGUCGAAUAUUUAUUGUCAAGGGAUCUUAAGGAAGCUAUGAGCCAUUUGUCUCAUGUCUCUUGUAGGAAAACAAUAAGGGAAAGCCAUGCGAGUUUGUUCUUGUGAGGAUUAUGCACUUCCUGUGUUGGGUCAUUUUGUUUGGCAUGGAAUGGGAACCUGAACUAAAUGUGAAUUUGAGAUAUAACCCAGGCGAGUAGCUUGCUUGUUCUCCCUCAAGGAUGUCGUCCAGCAGAAAAAAUUUCUUGUGAUGCCAUGGCAAUGAUCAAAAUUACUUUGUUUAAGUUUAAUUAAUUGAUUACCCUUGCUUUUUACAAUGCUAAAA